CGAUGUACUCUAGACACUCUCCCGCGCAGUCUAACACAUCUCUCUCAGACGACGAGGAUGAUUUCAACAAUCAGUCCGCCUUCUUCCGGGACACGGACUCCGACUCCGCCACCAUAACUCCUGCACAGUGGUGUUCACGUCGAGGAUCGAUCCCCUUGAAGACACCGCCGUCCCAGGCCUCUCGUUUGCCACCUGAGAUCCUCAUUCACAUUCUUAAACAUCUGCACUCGUCACGCGAUCUCUAUCAUGCCGUGCUCGUCUGCCGAGCCUGGUGUGAGUGCUCAGUUGAGCUCCUCUGGUAUCGGCCAAGCUUCUCCAAGCUGCACACGCUCGUCAAGAUGAUGCGCGUGUUGUCUAGGGACGACUCGACCUUCGUGUAUGCGCAAUUCAUCCGCAGGCUUAACUUCCUCUGCAUUGGUGCCGACCUCACCGACACCCUAUUUUCCCGCCUCGCAGGAUGCAUCCGCUUGGAACGCCUUACCCUCAUCAAUUGCAACUCGUUGUCCGACGACGGUCUUACUCGCGUUCUUCCCCACUGUCCCAGCCUCGUGGCGCUCGAUCUCACCGGAGUGUCCGAGGUGACGGACAAGUCCAUUGUCGCCCUUGCGACCUCCGCAAAGCGCUUGCAGGGAAUCAAUCUAACUGGUUGCAGGAAGCUGACAGAUGAGUCCGUCUUCGCCCUCGCCGCAAACUGUCCUCUCCUUCGCCGUGUCAAACUUGGCAAUGUCGAACAGGUCACGGACCAGUCGGUAUCCGCCCUCGCACGUUCAUGCCCCCUCUUGCUCGAGAUCGACCUCAAUAACUGCAAGAACAUCACCGACGUCGCUGUUCGGGACCUAUGGACGUAUUCGGUGCAGAUGCGCGAGAUGCGGUUGUCUCACUGCGUCGAACUCACAGACGCCGCCUUUCCAACGCCGCCCAGACGCGAUAUUCUACCACCUGGCUCGAAUCCCUUCCCUAACCCCUUCGGCUCGGCUCCCCUUCCCGCGAUCGAACUCCCCGCUCUGCGCGUUUCACAGCCGUUCGAUCAGCUGCGAAUGCUCGACCUCACGGCUUGCUCUCAGAUCACGGACGACGCGAUUGAGGGCAUCGUGUCGGUGGCUCCGAAGAUUCGUAAUCUCGUGCUAGCCAAAUGCUCUCAGCUCACAGAUACUGCCGUGGAGAGCAUCUGCAAGCUGGGCAAAGGAUUGCACUAUCUUCAUCUCGGUCACGCACAAGCCAUCACAGACCGGUCUAUCAACAGCCUCGUGAGGUCCUGCACGCGAUUGCGCUACAUUGACCUUGCCAACUGCUUGCAACUCACGGACAUGUCUGUGUUCGAGCUGUCGACUUUACAGAAAUUACGUCGCAUCGGUCUCGUCCGUGUCAACAACCUCACUGACCAGGCGAUACAAGCAUUGGGAGAGCGGCAUGCGACGCUGGAGCGCAUUCAUCUGUCGUACUGCGACCAGAUCUCCGUCAUGGCCAUCCACUACCUGCUCCAAAAGCUUCCGAAGCUCACUCACCUCAGUCUUACGGGCAUCCCAGCCUUUCGUCGAGCCGAGUUACAACAAUUCUGUCGUCCGCCGCCUUCAGAUUUCAACACUACACAGCGUGCGGCCUUCUGCGUGUACUCGGGAAAAGGGGUCGCGGAGCUACGGGAGUUCCUAGCUGAGCUUUUCAAGUCUAUCACCAACGAGCUGGUCACGUCUAAUGACACCGACUACGACGAUGAUUUCGAGGAGGACGAGGUCAAUCACCACUCUUCUCGACGAGAUCCUGACCCGGAGAUCUUGGACGAGGAUGAUGACGAUGACGAUGCUGCGUCGGAGGAAAUGGCACCGCCGCCGCAACGCAAUGGUGACAUGCACAACACUCCUCGGUUGCCCGAACGCACACCGAUCCCUCCAGAGGAUAUCUCUAAUCGAACAUUCUACCCACCUGUUGGCCGGGAACUCAUGAUGACGCGGGAAACAAGGCGCAAUCCCACACCUCGCGCUCAACCUCGUGCCCAACCUCCGAAUACGCCAGCCUGGCUAAACACUGUCGCGGCACGCACACGCCGUGGAUUCGGUCAACAGCCCAUUGUCGAGCAGUCGACAUCUCCGACACCGAGCGAAGCCGCGUCGAAUCGGAGCGCGGGGACAAGCCACUCUACCGGCACGGCUUUCUUUCGCACGUACGCAGACCACCCUCCCACGUCAGCGCGGAAUGGAGUCAUGACCCCCGAUCUCGUCUACGCUGAGAUCGGCCAUGGGCGCGGCUCCGGCCCAGGACCGAGCACGAUCCUCGUCCAGGGCCAUGGGAGGCGCGAGCCCAUGGUAGAGCCCUCGCUUCCCAGCGCGACCUCGAGCCCGACGCGACAUGCUAUGGGCCUGCCUCCCCAGUCGAGCAUUGGGAUGGCCGCGACAGAAGUGUUCAGUGCUCCGCUACGCACCUUCCGUCUGCAUGACCAUGAAGCUCGCAUGGAAGUUGUCCAGGACCGUGGCCCAAUCCUCCACGACACGUCCAAUUCCUACCACCGGCCUGACGGUACGGUCGGCUUCUCCGUCUUGCGCGAGGCGUCUCCUCCGUCGCCCACUACUCGUGAGUUGCAGGAGUCCGUGCACUCCGCUCUGGGCAGCCCACUGCUGGAAGGGGAUGCGCGAGGAAGGAGCGUAAAGCGGACGUUGAGAAGCACGUUUGCUGCCGCGGAAACUUUCUUCACAGGGCGUGGUUCUGGUGGUAGCGCUCCAGAUGGAGCGGGGAUGGCGGGCGGUCGGGACGCGGAUACACAUGGACACUGAGACCCCCUCUUCAAGACCCUGUCCCAUGUUCUGAGACAAGCCACCCUAAUUGCCGGUGUCAGCUUCUGAGCGAUCCAUUUCUCCUGGUCCCUCUUACUAGGUAGCAAUUGCUAUUGCUGGUCUCGACCCCCGAUACUAUACGUACGUUCGCGUCCUCCGUGAUAUUUCCUCUCACGCUCCUGCUGCCUGGUCGCAGAAGACGAUGUGGAUUUUGUGUCUUCUAGUAGCCUUAUAACUGUAGUCCUCCCUUCUUCCCAUGUCAGUCCCCUCGUCUGCGAGCAUCGACAUUUCUGUUUGCGCACACCUGUAUCAUCAUGUAGCCCGAGUUCGCGUUGUCUAGACUGCGAUGUUGAUAGUUGAAUUGUCUCAUGAGUCUGACUGCGAUGUUGAUAGUUGAAUUGUCUCAUGAGUCUGACUGCGAUGUUGAUAGUUGAA